CUUCCCGCCCACUUUGACGUGAGGUCAAAGGUUGCGAGCAAAAUGGCGGCCGCCUCGCCAGAACGGAGCCGCUGAUUGUGUACUUGGAAGCGGGCCUAAGGGGAGCCGCGGGCCGUGGAGAGAGACGCCUCGCUUCCUGGGAGCCGCUGACCGCCCAGACUUCGCUCUCAGGCCCCGGCGGGACCCUUCUAAGACGCUGCCUCCCUCGGACGUCGUUGUUUGCUCACAGGACACCUACCGCCUCACUAAAACAACUGGCUUUUCAUGAGGACUAGCGACGGUCCCCUCAACGAGGCAGCCGCGCCCGCUGAAGAAUCCCCCCUCGGGAGUUGAAGUUGCGGCAGCUCCUCGCCUCAGAACAAGCUCUCCCUCCUCGCCCCAAAUUCCUAGCCGGAGUUUCAGUAGCCCUCAUGCCCACCCCAAUUCUAGCAACACAUCCCUGCCGUGAAACAGGAAUCCUCCUGGGAAACCCACAGGAAAAGCGCCCCCUUCCUAGACACGCUCCAAAAGGAAGCCGGCUCCAUGCUGGCUAGAUAUUUCUAGACCUGACCAGAAGCCCUGACAGCUGCCAACGCACCUGCUUAAACCAGAUGCGACCUCGCAGAUCAGGAGUCCCCUUGUUGGCAUUGCCUUUGUAGAGAAAGGCUGUACCCAGCCCUGGCUCAAGGAAGGGUAACUACAUACCCAUAGGAUAGUUUGGGGGCAGCUCAGCAGCAGCCUCGCCCGCUCCUAGGUCCAGAUGCUGCCCCCACAAAUCGGGAAGGUUGCAUACUGCAUUAUGUCGGGAUUCCUUCUCCCAGAUAGAAACCUAGUCAGUAAUCAGUUUUUGUUCUAAAAGUACGUCUGUCAAGUUAGCCAGGAAUCUCUGGAAACUGCUGUCGCUUCUUUAGUAAAUAGACUACAAGACAAGAGAUCUCUCUCUUUUUUUGCAGUUGUAAAUAGCUAAAUGCCUACACAAAAAAGAGAGAUGUAUCUAGUUUGCUUUGGUAGGUCUUUAGAGGAUUCAGAAGUCGUCAUCUUUUAACCCUGGGGUAGGAGAAGUUCUCUUUCUAGGAAGGAUCCCCUUACCUUAUUAAAUGUCAGUAAGUUGCACAACAGAUACUAAGUUUGAUACAUAUAUAAUUCUCCCUAAUUUAAGAGGUCAGUAUUAGUAGGUUAGGUCUCCCGAAAUCUGAAGUAUUCACACUCCGAAAAUGCUUUAUGGGCAAUGUUGCCUCUUUGGACAUUUCUUUGGACUAUUCUGAAAUUUUCUGGUGAAAGAUCUUUAAUGGGAAGAAAUCAGCCAAGAAAGGAAGAAUUAAAGUUACCUUUGAAAAGACUGCUAAUGAGGCUUGUGAUGUGUAUUUGAUUUUCAUCAAGGUUCAGUACUACUAUUUAUGAUGAACAGGAAGAAAGGAGACAAGGGGUUUGAGAGCCCAAGACCUUAUAAAUUAACCCACCAGGUCGUCUGUAUCAACAACAUAAAUUUCCAGAGAAAAUCUGUUGUUGGUUACGUGGAGCUGACAAUAUUUCCCACAGUUGCGAAUCUCAAUAGAAUCAAGCUGAACAGUAAACAAUGUAGGAUAUACAGAGUGAGAGUCAACGAUCUGGAAGCAGCUUUCAUUUAUAAUGACCCCACGCUGGAGGUUUGUCACCAUGAGUCGAAACAGAGAAAUCUCAACUACUUUUCCAAUGCAUAUGCUGCUGCAGUCAGUGCUGUGGACCCAGAUGCUGGAAAUGGAGAGCUGUGCAUCAAGGUGCCGUCAGAGCUUUGGAAGCAUGUCGAUGAAUUAAAAGUCUUGAAGGUACAUAUCAACUUUUCUCUGGACCAGCCAAAAGGAGGCCUUCAUUUUGUGGUACCCAACGUGGAAGGAAGCUUAGCAGAGAGAGGGGCCCAUGUCUUCUCUUGCGGGUAUCAAAAUUCUACAAGGUUUUGGUUUCCUUGUGUUGAUUCAUACUCCGAACUAUGCACAUGGAAACUGGAAUAUACUGUGGAUGCCACAAUGGUGGCUGUCUCAAAUGGAGACCUGGUGGAAACGGUGUAUACUCAUGAUAUGAGAAAAAAGACCUUCCAUUAUAUGCUGACAAUUCCAACUGCAGCAUCGAACAUCUCCUUGGCCAUCGGACCAUUUGAAAUCCUUGUUGAUCCCUACAUGCAUGAGGUGACUCAUUUCUGUUUACCCCAGCUUCUCCCGCUGCUCAAACACACCACAUCUUACCUCCAUGAAGUAUUUGAAUUCUAUGAAGAGAUACUUACGUGCCGCUAUCCUUACUCCUGUUUCAAGACGGUUUUCGUAGACGAGGCCUACGUUGAAGUAGCUGCUUACGCUUCCAUGAGCAUUUUUAGCACAAACCUUUUGCACAGUGCAAUGAUAAUAGAUGAGACCCCGCUGACCAGGAGAUGUUUGGCUCAGGCUCUGGCCCAGCAGUUUUUUGGCUGUUUCAUAUCUAGAAUGUCUUGGUCAGAUGAGUGGGUGUUGAAGGGAAUCUCUGGCUAUAUUUAUGGCCUCUGGAUGAAGAAAACCUUUGGUGUAAAUGAGUAUCGGCACUGGAUCAAGGAGGAACUGGACAAGAUAGUGGUGUAUGAACUGAAGACCGGUGGAGUCUUACUUCAUCCAAUCUUUGGUGGAGGAAAAGAAAAGGACAACCCUGCGUCACACCUGCAUUUUUCUAUAAAGCAUCCUCACACAUUAUCAUGGGAGUACUACACUAUGUUCCAGUGCAAAGCCCACCUCGUCAUGAGACUCAUAGAAAACAGAAUAAGCAUGGAGUUCAUGUUACAAGUUUUCAACAAGCUCUUGAGCCUGGCCAGCACUGCCUCAUCUCAGAAGUUCCAGUCUCAUAUGUGGAGUCAGAUGCUGGUUUCCACAUCUGGAUUUUUGAAAUCCAUCUCCAAUGUCUCUGGCAAAGACAUUCAACCGUUAAUAAAGCAAUGGGUAGAUCAGAGUGGUGUGGUAAAGUUUUAUGGCAGCUUUGCAUUUAAUAGAAAACGAAAUGUAUUAGAGUUAGAAAUAAAGCAAGACUAUACAUCUCCUGGGACACAGAAAUAUGUGGGCCCUUUGAAAGUGACGGUGCAAGAGCUGGAUGGAUCUUUCAACCACACGCUUCAGAUAGAAGAAAACAGCCUUAAACACGACAUACCUUGCCACUCGAAAAGCAGACGAAAUAAGAAGAAAAAGAUUCCUCUGAUGAAUGGGGAGGAAGUUGACAUGGAUCUUUCUGCCAUGGAUGCUGAUUCCCCCUUACUCUGGAUCAGAAUAGACCCGGAUAUGUCUGUACUGAGGAAGGUAGAAUUUGAACAGGCUGACUUCAUGUGGCAGUACCAGCUCCGAUACGAGAGAGAUGUGGUUGCACAGGAAGAAUCCAUUUUGGCCCUCCAGAAGUUCCCUACUCCAGCUUCACGACUGGCGCUGACUGAUAUACUUGAACAAGAGCAGUGCUUCUACCGAGUGAGGAUAAUGGCAUGCUUCUGCCUUGCAAAGAUUGCAAAUUUCAUGGUGAGCACGUGGACAGGACCACCAGCCAUGAAGUCGCUCUUCACCCGGAUGUUCUGUUGCAAAAGUUGCCCAAACAUUGUGAAAACCAAUAACUUCAUGAACUACCAGAGCUACUUUCUGCAGAAGACGAUGCCUGUCGCAAUGGCCUUACUGAGAGAUGUCCAUAAUCUAUGUCCCAAAGAGGUUUUGACGUUCAUUUUAGAUCUAAUCAAGUACAACGACAAUAGAAAAAACAAGUUUUCAGACAACUAUUACCGUGCAGAGCUGAUAGAUGCGCUAGCAAACUCUGUAACUCCUGCCGUCAGUGUGAACAAUGAAGCCCGGACACUUGAUAACUUAAAUCCUGAUGUUCGCCUCAUUCUUGAGGAAAUUACCAGGUUCUUAAACAUGGAAAAGCUACUUCCCAGCUAUAGGCACACCAUUACGGUCAGUUGCUUGAAUGCCAUUCGCAUACUACAGAAGAACGGGCACGUCCCAAGUGAUCCUGCUGUCUUUAAGUCCUAUGCGGAAUACGGGCACUUUGUGGAUAUCCGAAUAGCAGCUCUGGAGGCAGUGGUUGAUUACACAAAAGUUGACAGAAGCUACGAGGAACUACAGUGGCUGCUCAAUAUGGUCCAGAAUGACCCUGUGCCUUAUGUCAGACAUAAGAUAUUGAACAUGUUGACAAAGAACCCUCCAUUUACCAAGAACAUGGAAUCUCCUUUGUGCAAUGAAGCGCUGGUGGAUCAGCUCUGGAAGCUUAUGAAUUCAGGUACAUCCCACGACUGGAGGCUGCGCUGUGGAGCUGUCGACCUGUACUUCACGCUGUUUGGCCUCAGCAGGCCUUCCUGCUUGCCUCUGCCAGAACUUGGGCUGGUCCUUAACCUAAAAGAAAAGAAAGCUGUGCUGAAUCCUACCAUCAUUCCUGAGGCGGGGGCAAGUGGUCCGGAACCGCCUAACAAUCCAAACAAUCUGGGUCAAAUAGUUGGCUUCCAAAGCACUGACGAUGAUCACCUUGCCAAGGAAGCAGCAGUUAUCCCCCUCCCUCAUCAGCAGGGAUUGAAGAGGAAGGCCGACACGCCUCUUGGGUCCCCACUAGAACCAGGCCAGAUACUCGAGAAGAAUGAAGACAGCAAAGUCAAACUCAAAAUAAGAUUCUCAAACUCUCAGGAGGAAGAAGAGAUUGAUAUGGACACGGUUCAUGACAGCCAAGCCUUUAUCUACCAUCAUUUGAAUAUGCUGGAAAGACCAUCAACGCCAGGCAAAGAACAGUCAUCGCAGGAGCUAAGCAUGCUGCCGAUUCCGGUGCCCACGCUGCCCGGUUUUACAAAAGAGUCCAGCUCUUCCAAGCACAGCGAGCACCAUCACCACCACAAGAAGAAGAAGAAGAAGCACAAGCACAAACACAAGCACAAGCACAAGCACGACACCAAAGAGAAGGAGAAAGAGCCUUUCACCUUCUCCAACAGCCCUGCCAGCGGACGUUCCAUUCGCUCGCCAUCCCUGUCAGACUGAAGCAAGCCACUCCAGAGCUGAUAUAGCAUAUGGAAGCAGUGUGCACGCUACCGUUGCUUUAUGGUUAAGCGCAUGUCACUGCAGUGGCUCAGAAGGCGCAUUCAGAUCGAAAUUCCGUGGUAUCUGUUGUCCAGCCGCAUCCAUGCAUGAACCCCGUGAUCGUUCACCGUGCACCUGCCUUACAGUACCUUUGCAAAGAGAGAAGCAGCUCAUUUCAGAUGCAAAUGUCGCCUAUCCACAGCCCGGCAGUGGCUAUCCGUUUAUCUUGCCAGAACGAACUAUAUUUUAAAUGUUUGGUAGCUGUCGUGAAGUGAAGUGUGUGUUAAACAUAAGCUGACUGCCAAACUUGGGAAAGCUGGGGUUCACUGUACAGUGUUCUAUAACACAAUGUAAGACUUCCUGAUGCUUUUGUACAAUCUUUUCCACAUAUUUAACCAUUGCAGUUGUCGCUCUCUGUGUUUUUUUAAAGCAUACUCAGUUAAAAGCUUCAUUUUUUUUAUUUUAAGAUGUCUGGCAUUUUUAAAACACGUUUGAGCAGAACACUCAGCAAUCCUUUUCCUUAACUGUUCUUCGCAAGGGAAAAAAUGCCACUGUGUAUACAUGUCACUGUGCCCUCUAAUCAGAAUCAGAAUUGUGUAUAAUGAAGUUCGUGCAAAAGCAAAUCCUUAAAAGUGGGAAAGGUUACUUUCCCCCAUAGAAUCUCAAUUAGAAACACUCCUUGGGGUGAAAUAGUUGUUGCAAAACUUCUUGAACUCUUCUGAUUUCUAGUAAAUUUGUUUAGAAACUCUGAUUUUUUUUAAAAAAAAGUAUUUUUAAAUGUACAGUGAGUGAACUCAAACAUGAAACUGUGACAGGUUGCUUUAUUACAUAAAACAAUAAUAUCCAAGUUUUGCAUUGCUGAGCUUAAUUAUGUGAAAUGGGACUGCUUUUUAAAAACGUUUUUAUUUAAUUUCUAUGUUUUGCUGGUGCUUCCCUUCUUCCCUAUCAGUCUUUAGGUUAAGAUUCCUUUAAAAAGACAACAACAAAUUGUGUGCAUAGAUACUUUUAGUUACAUAGCUUAUUGAUAGUGGAAAGAGACAAUUCUGAUCCGCGAGAAGAUACUUAAUGACAGGGACCCAAUAAGGAUUUUUUAAAAAGAGAAGGUAAUUAGUUAAUAAAAAAAUGCUUUUAUACAA